GGCUGAGCCCCUCCCUCUGCUGGGCUGGAGCCUGUGGGUUCCAGAUCUCUGCCCUCGUGGGCGCAUGCUGCCCAUCUGGACCUCGUCACACCUGUUGGAACUCGGGCAGCCCCCAUGGUCCAUGGUCGAAUCCCCGCCUUGUUCCCAAGAACCAGGUGUCAGGUGUUUUUGCACCUGUUUCCUCAUUUAGUCACACCCGCCCCUCUUAAAGGACCCGUGUUCCCCUCCCGCAUCUCCCUGGCACUAGGGCUGGCGGGUGGGGAGGGGGUGCAUGGGAACAGGUGAGGCACUCCCCAUUCCCCAAAGCCUGCAUCUGGUGGGCCCCUGGCCCAGCAACCCAUUGAGUUUGUGCUCCCAAGGCUGAGACCUUCCUCUACCCCUGGCCUGGCGCCUGCGUUGGCCCUCCCCCCGUGUUGACACAAGGGGCUGGGUUUCCCAGGUCCCAGGCUGCAGCCUGAGGAAGGAGGCAGGACAGCCCGGAAGAACCUCAAAUAAAAGCAGGUCUGCAGUUUCCUGUUCUGAUUCCUCGGAAAAGGGCUGGUUGCUGUGGUCUGGAGGAAGGGAGACGCCUGGCUGCUGGGGUUGGAAGGAAGGGCUGCCGGUUUGCAGGAUCAGGGGUCCACAGGCCAGAGGUUGGGUCAGGAGCCUCAAAGGGGCAGCUUAAGAGCGAGCCAGGACAGGAGGCAGAGCGGGCCUGGCCAGGAGUAAGUGGACGGUCAGAGGCAGGAGCUAGUGGGAUUCAGGCAGAAACCCAGACCGGGGCAGCUUUACAGGGAGGAGUAGAGAUCAGAGGACAGCCCGAGACAACUGUGUGGCCCAGGAGUCAGACAGGGGCAGCCAGUCUGAGGAACGGUGGCCGGUUAAUCAGGUCCUCAGCCUAGAAGUGCUGUUGGGAUCAUGGGCUGGUUCCAUCGGAAUGAAAGCCCCUGUACAGCACAUCCUCCCCUGCGGCAGCCUGAGCGGGUGUGAGGGCCCAGGGAGCAGGGUCCUCGAUCCGCAGAGGACGCUGACCUAGUUCCGCUGCUCGGGGAGGGCGAUGCCCAGACUUCAGGCUGGAGUGCGUUCCUCCUAGGCUCAGAGGAGGCGCCCGGGACCGUACGCCAGCUGGCCGGAUGUCAGGAGAAACAGAUUGGGCCAAGGCCAGCUGGGUGUCCCACAGGGCGAUCAGAUCCUGAGAUUGUCGGUUGCGGUCUGUCAAUGUUUUCCGGACAGUCAAAGAGACGGCCAGGGAGGGUCAGGGAGCGUGCAGGUGGCCGGAGGAGCCUGCUCUGCCUUUAGUUAGGACGUUGAGUGGUUGCAGACACACAGCCCCUUGCUUGGAGAUGGUUGGGGAGUCAGCUGGACCUUUGGCUGGGACAGGAGGGUGGUCAGCCAGCUGAAGGGUCAGUAGGGGCUUCGUGUGGCCAGUGGGCUGGAGGUCAUCGUGUGGGGGGGGACGGGCAGGUGAUGGUCCCACAGUUGGAGACAGUGUCAGGCGGUCAGCCUGACCAGGACACAGGGCCAGUCGCGGGGUCGGCCAGACCAUUAGAGACGGCUGGCGGGAAGUCCGAUGGCCAGCCAGUCACAGUGGUAGCUGGAGGCUGGCGGGCUGGGCAUCUGAGCAGUGCCACACGGCGGGGGCGCCUGUCAUUUGGACAGUCUGAUUGUCAGGACGGUGAGCCAAGGACAGUACAGGGAGCCAUUUGGACUUUCUCAGGGUUGUCCCAGAAGCCUUGCAUGGCCACAUAGAGUCUGCCUGUCAGGAGACACCCAAUGGUUAGUUUCUCAGAGACAGCCACACUCUCGGACACCCAGGCUCACGGUCCUCCCCUUCAAGCAGCCCCAUGGCGGCCUCCCAGCUGGCAGCGCUGGAAGAAUGGGAGUCGGGGACCGGGACGCCCCUGAGCGAGGCCAGCCCUGGCUCCCUGUAUUCCGAGGGCCAGCGGCUGGCGCUUGAGGCUCUGCUGAGCAAGGGCGCGGAGGCCUUCGAGGCCUGUGUGCAGCGUGAGGGGCUGCGGCCUUUCCUGAGUGGGGAUGAGCUCCGGGGCCUGGCAGCGGCGGCUGAGGACUGGACGGCAGCCAAACAGGAGCCCGGCGGGGCAGCGGAGGGCGUCACCACCACCAACGGCGGCUCAGGCAGCCUGACCUACUGGCCUGGACAGUCGGAGGAGCCGGUGCCCACGCUGCAGCUGGGCUGGCCAGAGGACUCAACCUGGAAGGGUAUCACCCGGGCACAGCUGUACACCCAGCCUCCGGGCGAGGGCCACCCACCCCUCAAGGAGCUGGUGCGCCAGGAAAUCCAGGCCGCCCGCAAGCUGGUGGCCGUGGUCAUGGACGUCUUCACUGACCCAGACCUGCUUUUGGACCUGGUGGACGCUGCCACACGCCACUGGGUGCCUGUCUACCUGCUCCUGGACUGCCAGCAGCUGCCUGCCUUCCUGACGCUGGCCCAGCAGCUGGGGGUGAACCCCUGGGCCACUGAGAACCUGGACAUCCGCGUCGUGCGGGGGUGCAGUUUCCAGAGCCGCUGGCGCCAGCACGUGAGUGGCAACGUGCGGGAGAAGUUUGUGCUGCUGGACGGUGACAGGGUCAUCUCAGGAUCCUACAGCUUCACGUGGAGCGAUGCGCGCCUGCACCGUGGCCUGGUGACGCUGCUGACUGGUGAGAUCGUCGAUGCCUUUAGCCGUGAAUUCCGGACACUGUACGCGUCCUCCAGGCCGCUCCCGCCUGCGCCCACCCCGAGCCCCUUCGUGGGCGCCCACGGAGGGCUGCAGCUGGUCCACAGCCCACACCGCGUGGCCCACCGCCACUCUGUGGCCCCCAUGUUGCCACCGCCGCCCGAUGGCCUGCUGGCCCAACGCCUGGCCGCCUGCCGAGUCUUCGAGGGGGACAGGCAGGAGGCCCCGGCCGUCGUGGGGCCGGCGCUCAGCGACAUUCUGAGGAGCGUACAGCGAGCCCGGACCCCCAGCGGACCCCCGGCCCGGCCCAGCCGCUCUCUGUGGGACCUGAGUCUCCUGUCCCAGCUGUCAGGCUCUAGCGACGGCGACAAUGAGCACAAGAAGUCCUGGGACCCCAAGGACACGCCAGCUAAGGCCCUGAUGAGGCAGCGGGGUGCUGGAGGGGGCCCCUGGGGUGAGGCGGACUUCCGUCCGCUGGCCUGGUCCCAACCCUGGGGCGGCCCACUGCCCCUCAACCCUGCCCGCCGCCGCCUCCGCUAUCUGUCCCCAACGCGCAGGAGGUUUGGGGAAGGUGCCGCAUCCAAAUUCCCCGAACCCGGAGACGGCCGGCAGCCUGACUGGGCCACCUGGGCGGGGAUCAGGGGACGACCCUGAUGGGAGCCAAACUGGGCCGGCCCGUCCUGGGAGAGCUGGACAACCGUCGCCUCGAAGCCCCCGGCCUCGCUGUUGUGCGUUGGACAAAGCUUCUGGCCUCGGGGUCUGGGAAGCGGAAGGGAUUAUUUUCUCUGUUCUAGAACUUGGGCUAGCCCAGUGCCCACUCUAGACCUCAGGGUCACGGUCUAGAAAAUGGGCAGCAAGUCUGGACUGGCGGGGAUCGUAGGACAGGGCACUGCUCCCGUCCCGGCGGGCUCAGAUGUUCUGAGGACAGGCGGGCUGGGUGGCCCCCUGCUGGAAUGGUCGGGGAGGGUGGGGGGGGGUGGCACAGGGGAGGCCCUGGGCUUCCUGCACCCACCGUGCUCGGGAGCUCUGGUCCACGGACUGGGCCGAGCAGAGGACAGAACCAAGUCUCGGGAGCGGAGCUGAAUGAGGAGGGACUAGAAUCUGUGGGGGCCCGGCAGGCGCUGGGACCGUUUGGUGGGCGCUGAGGGGGGAGGUGUUGGGGCUCCCUUUACAUCGGCUCAGAAUGAAGCUCCUUCAUGACCCAAACGGGCAUUGCCACAGCCCAGCAGGAGACCCGGGAGUCCAGCCCAGCCCCUCCUCCCUCAGACCCCGGGGUCCAGGCCCCAGCCCCUCCUCCCUCAGACCCGGGGGUCCAUCCCCCAGCCCCUCCUCCCUCAGAUCCGGGG